ACUCUAUGAAGAGGUGCUUGUCUUUUGAAAACAUCCCUAACAGCCCUGAAUGCUUUUUUCCUAUCUCUCUCCGGUCAAAAUGGUUGCAAUUUGAAUUUUGCCACAGUAAAAUUCAUUUCCUGACUGUGGUGCUGUCCAGAUUGACUUUAUCACAUUCACAGUCCUGUCAAGUGAUAGCAUGGGUUGGUUGAGAGCAGCAGGAAGUGAAAAGGAAAUGAGAAGUGCAAUAUUUGAUAAUCACACAAUCAGCAUUUUGCUUUAGAAAUAACGUUCGGAAGGGAGGAGUAUGAUGGGCUGGAUUAGAGCAGGGGUCUUGAGGCCCAAGCCCACUGCUGCUGCUUCCUAAUUGUGCAGCUUCAGGCUCCGAGAAGUUAAGAAGUCACUGGUUUCCUCUUCUGCAGGAUGGGCUGUGUGCGCAUUGCACUUGCUGAGCACAGCCCUCCGUAAACGGUACUUCUCCCUAAUACGCUUAAAGAGGUGUGAAGACAUAAUGAAGGCAUUUGUCACAAAGAAUCACCCUCUGUGCUUGUGAAGCUGCACUAGCCUAUUUGGUAGGGCCGGCAUAGUCCCAUCUGUCAUUCAUUCACGGAGCCUCCCAAAUCCUUGAUGAGCUAAGCCAGGGGAUAAAUCCAAACAUUAAUUUAACAAAUAUUCAUUAAGCAUCAGCUGUGUACUGUUGGACCGUGCCAGGGGGCGUGGAGACUGCAAAUAUGAAAGAUGUGGCAACAGUGGCGAACAGCCUAACUUGAGCAGGGAACAUGGCAAACAGCUACGCUGUGUGUGCACGAGGAGUGUCAAGGUGGUUUGGAAGUCGUCAGAGAUGGCUUCUUGCAAAAGGUGAGAUUGGAGCUGGGCAUCGAAGAAAGGUGGGAAUUCCAGGCAAGGCACUUCAGGCAACAUGAAAGGCUUAGUAUAAUUCCCCACACUUACACACAAAGUGGUGGUUACUUAUUUCCUGUUCCCACAGGCCCACCGUGUUCUUAUGACACAUUAGUAUCUCCUUGCUGGAAACAAGAAACAGACUUGGUGCAGGCUGCUCUCCCACACUCAUAGGGAGGGCACAGUCAUUGACCGUGAACUUGAGCAAACCUAGUGGGGAUAAGGCCAAGUCUGAUGUCUUCCACGCUAAGAAAGUUGCUGGUUACAAACUCAGUUGGAAGUCAGGAGAGGAUUCUCAUUACCAUUGGGACUGGUGAAAGUGGGAAAAGCACCUUUAUCAAGCAAAUGAGAAUUAUCCAUGGGUCUGGUUACAGCGACGAAGACAGAAAGGGGUUCACGAAGCUGGUUUACCAAAACAUAUUCACCGCCAUGCAAGCCAUGAUCAGAGCGAUGGACACCCUGAGGAUACAGUAUGUGUGUGAGCAGAAUAAGGACAACGCGCAGAUGAUCAAGGAGGUGGAGGUGGACAAGGUGUCCAUGCUCUCCAGGGACCAGGUGGAGGCCAUCAAGCAGCUGUGGCAGGACCCGGGGAUCCAGGCGUGCUACGACCGGAGGCGGGAGUACCAGCUGUCCGACUCCGCCAAGUACUACCUGACGGACAUCGACCGCAUCGCCACGCCAUCGUUCGUGCCCACGCAGCAGGACGUGCUCCGCGUCCGCGUGCCCACCACGGGCAUCAUCGAGUACCCGUUCGACUUGGAAAACAUCAUCUUUCGGAUGGUGGAUGUCGGUGGCCAGAGAUCUGAGAGACGGAAAUGGAUUCACUGCUUUGAGAGCGUCACCUCCAUUAUUUUCUUGGUUGCUCUGAGCGAAUAUGACCAGGUCCUGGCUGAGUGCGACAAUGAGAACCGCAUGGAAGAGAGCAAAGCCUUAUUUAAAACCAUCAUCACCUACCCCUGGUUUCUGAACUCAUCUGUGAUUUUGUUCUUAAAUAAGAAAGAUCUUCUGGAAGAGAAGAUCAUGUACUCUCAUCUAAUCAGCUAUUUCCCAGAAUACACAGGACCAAAGCAGGAUGUCAAAGCUGCCAGAGACUUCAUCCUGAAGCUUUACCAAGAUCAGAAUCCCGACAAAGAGAAAGUCAUCUACUCCCACUUCACGUGUGCUACAGAUACAGAGAAUAUCCGCUUUGUGUUUGCUGCUGUCAAAGACACAAUUCUCCAACUCAACCUGAGGGAAUUCAACCUAGUUUAAAAGCUGCUGCGCAUUCCUCCCCUGUAACAGAAGACAUGGUUUGCAAGCUCUUCUUGUUUUAUUUGCAAGUGCUUCUGACACCACCUGAGCCAGCCCCCUGUGCCAGGAACCAAGGACAUCAUGCAGCUCACAGGGAGAGAGAAGGGUGUUAGGACUUGGAAGAUAAAAUUUGAGUUUACCAACAUAUUUAAGUCUUUAAUUCUCAAGUUGUUUUUAUAAUUCUUUUGUUGACUUUUGUGUCAAGACACAACUCUUACAGUUUGUGUAAUCUCUGAAUUUGGUACUAUAUAGAAUUUUUAAAGGCCACUGUGAUUUACUGUUUUUUUUUAAAAUUAAAUUUUAAGUGUGUUUAAAAAUAGCCAUCAAAAAUUAUGCAACAGAGGGGCUGGUUAAUUUAUAGAUCAUGCCUGGAGACCUCUAGAAUUAAUUUGGGUGACUUUUUUUUUUUAAAGAAUAUUAAUCGGUUUGAAGCUUUUUAUUAAAUCUUAUAAUGUAGAGACAUUUCUAAUUGAAUAUUUUUCUCUCUUCACACUAAAGAACUCCUUUAAUAUGCCACCAAAGAUUUUUUUAAAACAGUUCAUUCUUUGUGUGUUAACUUUCUAAGCCCAAUUAAUAUAUCAGUAUAUUUAAUUUAGUUUUGCCACAUUUUGAUAAGCAUGAAGCCAAAGUUGACGUAUAGGCUGUAUGUAGAUAGCAUAUGUUAUGUUGAAAAAUGUGUAUGUCGCUUGUGUGUGUGUAUAUAUUUUUUUCCCCAAUGUAUAUUGACAAGGUCUUGUAAACUUAUGAAAUGGCUAAAAACCCAAAUUGUUUAACGGAUAUUAUGUAACCUGUCCCACAAUUCUGAUGGCCACCACAGUUUGCUGUGUUUGAAUGAUGUAUGCUAUGCCUUUCUGAGGAGGCUAAGAAUAUACCACUCUGCUAUUAA